AUGCAGGAAACAAACAAAAUCGAGGAGCUAGAGAGGCGACUUCAACGAGAGCGUCAACAAGAGCGAGAUCGUGCCGAGAAGGAGCAGCAACGCGCCGAGAAGGAGCAGCAACGCGCCGAGAAGGAGCAGCAACGCGCCGAGAAGGAGCAGCAACGCGCCGAAGAAGCAGAGGAACAGACGCGACCGACCACAUUCGACGAGUACAUCGCUGCUUGUCAUCACCACGUCUUUUCCCAGUUCACGGUGGAAAGAGACCGCAGGCUUACGUCAAGGGGUUCCAUCACCAACCCUCGAAACAAGCUGUGCCCUACUAGUCUUGAGCCUUGGCCACGGUUCAUGGAACAGCAGGGGAGCAUUUUCGAUACUCUCUACGAAUGUCUGCCCGUCGGCAUUCGUGUCUUCGAGAGCAAAAACUUCCUAGCCGGUCUAGGAAGGAGAGUGGCGCAACGAUCGAUAGCAGAUGAGAAGACGCUGGAAUACUUCAUGCAUAAUAGUGUCGAAGACCCUGUCAGAGUCAUCAUGGAGCAACUCAGGCAGAUUGACGAGGUGUGCGACGCAUUCGACAUGGGAAACGGGAUCGUCUUCGAGAACCAUCCUCACGCCAUCAGCGACGUCGCAGAGGAAGUAGUCGCCCGGGAGAACCCGUCAACACCGCCGCAAACACCGGACCACCGACGAGAUCUUCAUCAGCUGCGGCCCGACCAAAUCUGCAUUUAUCGGUCUGCUCCGCAUCUCCGCGCCGGAUUACGGCCGAUGAAUAUCUACAAGGAAGUCGUCAAUCGGAAGACGAUCCCGCCAUCUGUGGACCCGGACGGCCGUUUUGAAUAUCACGCCGAGAGACUGACGGCGUCUGCCCUCACACAAACGUAUCACUACAUGAUCGAGGGCGGUCUCGAGUACGGGUUGCUGACAACUGGCGAGGCGACCGUCUUCCUCAAGGUGGACUGGGCCGAGCCUGAAACGUUGUAUUAUCACCUGGCAGAGCCCGGGCCGGAGGUGUUGGCUCAUCCAGAGCAUAUGCAGUCUAGCUCCGCGGUGGGGCAGUAUCUCGCGUUCAGCCUGAUGGCGCUAGGUAGGCCGGGCGGACGGGUGGAACACGGGCAGGAUGAGCGUGAUCGGGCGACGGCGAAUCUCAACAGACGAGAUCAGUCGGAAUCAUCGGACGACGAGUCGGGAUAUCGACCUCCGGAUACGCCGAGCCCUCUGAGCGGCAAGGACGACGUGGACAACGCGGACAACGUGGACGAGGCGAUGCAAAUGUACCUCGAAGAAGUCAACGAAUCCUGGCACGCCGGCCCCGCCAAGGGACUGAUGAGGAAGUGGAACGGCGGUACUGCACCCAAGCAUGCCUCCUUGGACUGGUUCAGGGAGGCACCCUCGAUCCUUGUUGUCCCAACGCGGGGUGUCAUGGCAGACCUCGAGGCGCGCUACAUCCGAUCAGUCAUUCUACAUGGCUGCAACUUCUGA